UAGCGUCAGAAGAGAACAGCAUGAUGGGAUAUGAGAGUCCUCCGGCGGCGCGCUGCCGCCAUGUCACCUAGAGAGAAACACUUAGCGAUUCUCUCUGCUUUAGGCCUAGUUAGUCUCGCUCUUUAUUAUAUUCCUACGUUUCUUUACGCGACUUUAAUUCUUGCAGUGUGUUGUAUUGUGUGUUACUAUCACAGCGGAGAACCGCUUCCCGCCAGGUUAGGCCUCAAUCCGCGGGCUGGGCUGAACGUCCCUGCCGUGCUCCGGCGCUGGUUGUGGGGCUGGGGGGUGACCGGCGUGUCGGCAGCCGCACGGGGGAGAACGAAGAGCGGCAGAAACAAAACCGAGCUCCGGGACUCUGAGGGACACUUCAGAGAAAGACUCGUUGAACCUGGGAUUUACCGGAGAGAAACCUUGACAAGUGACUCGUUUCUUUUCAGCCCCCGGGAUUUCCUCAUGGGGAGUUACAUCGGGAAGCCCGAGAGUCCAACCGCCGACCCCGGGAGGCCAAGAGCGGGCAGAAACCCCCGAGAACAACUGCGUGAGAAACUGUCCAGACCCAACCAUGCUGUCUGUACUCCAAACAGGAGGCUGUCAUUUGCUGGGGAGCCGCUCGGCACAGUGGGCAGGUUCACCAUCACUCCUCAGCGUCACUACCCCCUGCAGCAGCCGGGUUUCUCAUCAGUGGGAGUCCUCCCUCCUGUCAAGUGGGAUGGCUUCAGGAAGAAAAAUAUCCUCAGCCCUCGUAACUCACCGGCUGUCCUCAGCCCCGUCACUGUGAAGAUUGCCAGGCCCGACCACCACAGUUCCCCCAGCUUUGACCAUCUGAGUUGUGCGGGGCUCCCCAGGGUCCCCGUGGACCCCUGCUCCAGAGAGAGUGUCCUCAAGGUGUUGAAGGAAAGCCGCAAGAGAGAGGUGGAGGAUGAGGACAGGAGCUUCACAACUGAGCAGAAAAGCAAAAGAAGGCGUAACGACAGCGGUGGAAGUGCACACUCUGCUUUCGAGCCUCUUUUGCCCAAUGGAACACCAUCACAGCUGGUCCCUAAGCCAGGAAGCCUGAAAAGAGGGAUGGCGUCGCUGGCAGAGGAGUCCAUCAUGAAAAGGUCUCGUACUUCCUCCAUCAGCUCUGGCAGUGGGGUCCAUGCCCCGAGAGGAACCACAGGCUCGUGGAGAAAUCCUAUCCACAGCUCCUACAGCUCUACACUAGGCCUCAGCCAGUGGAAGAAGCGGUCAGCACCCAGCUCCCCUCUGUCCAGCCCUGGAUCAUCUCGCUCUCAGACUCCAGAAGGAGCCUCCAAAAGACCCAGAGAGGACGAGGGGCAGUCUCCCAGCUCAGCAUCCUCAGCGAGGUCAGACCAGACAGCCUCUGACAAGGCACCUGUUACUUCCAAACUGACUCCAGUCCCCAAGGUCCCAGUUCCUACCUCAACAGACUCUACUGGUAGUGGUGGAAAGAGAAAACGCAAGAUCCAGCUGGUGUCCAGCCACCGGGACGAUCAAAUCUCUCUGCCUCCGCCUCCAGAGCUGGGCUACACCAUCACUGUGAAAGACCUGGAUGAAGAGAAAAAGGCUGCCAUCAGCAAGAUCCAGAAGGUCCUGGAAACGCCCGCUCCAGAGCCGGAGAAGUCUGUUUCUCCGCCAGCCACCACCUCCACCCAGCCUGGCUCCUCUGCCAGCUCUACCACCACCACCACCCUGAGCAGCCUCCUGGCCGCUCCUCUGCCCACAGCCUCGUCCAGCCCUGCCAUCCCAGUCAUCAACCUGGACCCCAGCCCCGGCAGCAGCGUCAGCACAGCACCUGCAGCCUACAACCCACUGCUGGAGGCUCUGAAAGUGAAGAUCAGCUCUCCUAAUAGCUCCACAGCUGCUGUCAACACAAGUGCAGUGUCUGCAUCAACCACACCGGUUCAACCCAGUGGCUUAACCCUGAAUGUUUCGACCCCAGUGGUUCCACCACAGCUCCCUCCUGCCUCCCAGUCUCAGUCCUCCUCUGCUGGUGUGGAGCAGCCUUCUGCCUUCACUCAGGUGCUGAGUCAGGUGUCCAAGGCUUCCAGCAACCCUCUGCCUACAGCAGGACCAACCCUGUUUGGAUUGACGAGUCAGAUCAGCACCCCCACUGCUUCUUCAGCCUCUAACCCGGUCACUACUGCUGCGACUGCCCCGGCCAGUAGCUCAGAGUCGGUCAGUAACGCCAACCCUCUGCUGGCUUCAGGGUUCAAGCCCAUUUUUUCCGUCACCACCACCUCAUCGGCUACAUCGGCAUCAGAGAGCAAACCUCCUGUCCAAAAUUUCAAGCCCAUCUUUGGAGCUGCCACUGCAGCUACUGGCUUUGGACAGCCUCCGCCCUACACGGCUGCCAACCCUGACUCUACGGUUUCCUCAAGUACUACAUCUUCAAUGUUUGGUGGAUCAGCAAGCAGCACCACCGUUACCCCAUCUGUUUUUCCUGGCAUGACCACCACUGGUACAGCCUCCACCAGCUCCAUCACAGCCACACAGUCUGCAGCUGAGCCAGCCAUCAAAUCCCUCUUUGGAAACUGGUCAGCACCAUCCACAACAAGUACCAGCUCAGCCACAGCGCAGGCCCCCAGUACAGGGAGCACAUUUCAGUUUGGAACUGCUACCACCACUACUGCAGCUGCCCCCGCUGCUGCAACCACAACCUCCAGCAACAGCAACUUCACGUUUGGUGCCACACAGCCAGACCCUCAAGCAGCCAACCAGAAGGUAUUCGCCUUUGGUCAGGCAGCACCCAGCCAGAAUGCAACCACUGCUUCAUUCGGAGGCUUUGCCAUGGCCAACACAGCCUCCACCGCUGCUGCCGCCACCACCCAGUCCACCUUCACCUUUGGAAAGUCGUCAUUUCAAGCACCAGCGGCACAGUCAACCUUUGGCUCCUCUUCGGCACCGGCAGCACAGACCACCUUUGGCUCCUCAGCGGCACCGGCGACGCAGCCAACAUUUGGCUCCUCUUCGGCACCGGCAGCACAGACAACCUUUGGCUCCUCAGCGGCACCGGCAGCACAGACGACCUUCGGCUCCUCGGCGGCACCGGCAGCACAGACAACCUUUGGCUCCUCAGUGGCACCAGCAGUACAGACAACCUUUGGUUCCUCAGUGGCACCGGCAACACAGCCGACGUUUGGCUCCUCUUCGGCAACGGCGGCAACGGCGACCUUUGGAGCCUCAGCAGCACCACCAAAACCAUUCACCUUUGGAAGCAGCGGGGGAGCAUCAUCUACACCUGCCUCUAACACUGCCCCAACCCCUUUCGCUUUUGGUUCAGCUGCUGUCACCACAGCAACCACUUUUGGGACCCCAGCUAAACCGGCAUUUGGAGCCAGCUCCACUGGUUUUGCUUUUGGUGGCACCACCGCUCCCUCAGCUGCACCACCAACCUUUGGUGCAGCAACCCAGACUCAGAGCUCCUCCUCAGCCACCUUCACAUUUGGCAGUGCUGCUCCUCAGCCAGCUCCUGCCGGCCCUUCUCAGUCAGCACCCGGUGGAUUUAACUUUGGUGCUGGUAUGCCAUGCCCCCAGUUUGGAACACCAGUCUCCAAUAAUCCUGCACCACAGAUGGGAAGCUUCAACUUUGGGGCUGCUGCUACUGACAAACCAGCUUUCGGGACGUCGACCCCAUCCUUCGGCCAGGGUGCUGCUGCAGGUCCAAAUCCCUUUGGAAGUCCUGCAACUCCAGUCCAAGGCUUCAACUCUGUUCCCUUUGGGUCUCCAGCGACUCCCUCCUUCUCAAUCGGAGCUGGAUCGAAGCCAACUGGAGCACGCCAGAGGCUGCAGGCGCGGAGGCAACACAACAGGAAGAAGUAACCUGCUACAUGUGUCCAGCACCACUUUCAGAGGACUUCAGCUGUUGCUGCUGUUGCUGCUAUGGUUAAUCUGGCUAACAUCGCUCCAUUCCAAGACCGACACCCCCCAAACCAGGCCGCCACCAUGCCCUCUGCUUCCUUCCCCUCCUCCAGUGGGUUGUGCUGGCCCGAAACAUUGUGCUUGCAGAGGAGUUCGAAAGAGCACUCCAGCUUGCUGAGUUAACGCUGCCUGGAUGACUACAUGACCCAGUGAGGGAAUGUAGCAGUGAGGAGACAGAAUCCAUAAUGAUGUACUAUACUUGAGGAGAGAAGACGAGUGAUAGUUUGAUUCUGAACAAAAGCAUAUCCAAAGUUCUCUUUUCCUUUACAGUCUGUGGACACUCCCAUUGGUUCGUCUUAAGGAGAAAGUCGAGUCCGGCAGAGACAUGGAGCCUCGGCUCAAACAUUUAUUUUUUUACGUGAAGCGCUAACUGGUUUGUAUGUUACAGAAUAUUUGAGUACAUUAUCUGAACGAGUCUGAAUAGGGUGACAUGCACAGUUGAUUCAGAUAAGGUACACAACACUGCAGUGUAAAUGUAAAGUUAUGAGAUGUUUGCAUUUUAAAUUAUUUUUUUAAUUGGCUCUCUGACCCUGUAAAUGAAUGAUGUGUUUCUGCACUUAAAGGGCGACUUAGUAGAUGUCUUAAUGUAGUUAGUGCAGACCCUCGUGUUCUUGUUUCAUACUCUUUGUCAUUGCAAGCAUUCCCAGAGUCCUCCUGUGGACGGCCUUUUGUUUUUUUGUUUCUUUUUGUUAUUCACAGUGAUUGCCAACAGUGAUGUAAUUAGCAGGUCAGCAUGUAAUUAGGAUGACUCCUCUUAACCUGUGCUGACAAAACCAAAGCCAAUUCUUCAACUUCAUGCCUGUGAAAAGAAUCUGUGAUCUUUAUCUUUAAAUCCUGAGAUGUGUUUGUUUGUGCCAGACUACCUCUCUUUACUCCAGGCACUGAAUCCAUGUUACUUCACUGAACAAAUAAAUCUGACAGGAUCAACUAGAUCAAUUUAGAUUUUACCUUCAACUACUGUUAAGACAGAUGUACCUUUAAUAAAUUCAUUAAGUUUUUAAACAUCUGCACACCAACACAUCAUCCCCACUACUGGAAUAUCUCUAGAUUACACCACAUUAACACAACAUCAGAUUUACUAAAAUUACAAUCCCUUAUCUUGGUUGUUAGAGAAGUUGUCUAUGAUGCAGGGAUCUCUGUCGUCUCUCAUGUCUCUUACUCACACCAAGAGUUGAAGAAUUUUGUCAAACAAACAUGACAGUAAACCUGAUGUCGGCAUUUUAUCAAAAGGAUUUGUGUUCUCAGUCAUAACCACCUCUUCUUGUGAAAAGUGAGCAGUAUCUGAUGCAAUUUUUUUUUUGAUGGUUAAUUUUGGAUUAAUAAAAACUGAAUUUUGGA